AUGGCUUCUGAGGGUCCCAAAGAUUUGCCUGUUAGGCCCGCCGCUGAGGCCAAACCGGCCAGCGGCGACUCGCUCCCUGAGUUCAUUGUUGAGCGGAAUAAGCUCUUCGAGGAGCUAUGGCAGGUGCAUCUCGAGGAAUUGAAGAAUAAGCCUCACCCCGAAAUCAAUGUCACGCUUCACCUCGGUGACGGAAACACAUCGACGAUCCCCGCGAAGGCUUGGGAAACCACACCGGCGCAGCUGUUGAAGCACGUCCCCAAGGAGAUCAGCGCCGAUAUUGUUAUUUCGAAGGUUGACGGACAGCUCUGGGACCUUGGCCGGCCAUUGGAGGGAGAAUGCACGGUAUCCUACGUUCCUUUCAGCGACCCCGAGGGAAGGGAAGUUUUCUGGCACUCGAGCGCGCACUGUCUGGGUGAAGCUUGCGAGUGCGAGUACGGAUGUAUGCUCUCCCACGGUCCACCCACCCCUCAGGGUUUCUUCUACGACAUGGCUAUGCCUGAUAAUCGCGUCGUUAAGGAGUCCGACUGGAAGACCCUCGACAACAGGGCCAACAAGAUCUUCAAGGAGAAGCAAAGUUUCGACCGACUGGAGGUCACCAAGGAGAACCUCAACAAGAUGUUUGCUUACAGCAAGUACAAGCUACACUAUAUUGACAAGCUCGUCACUGGAGAGAAGAGUACCGUUUACCGAUGCGGUACCCUGGUCGAUCUCUGCAGGGGCCCCCAUAUCCAGAGCACUGGCAAGGUCAAGACCUUCAAGAUCAUGCAGAACUCCUCUGCCUACUUCCUUGGUGACCAAACCAACGACUCUCUCCAGCGUAUCCGUGGUGUCGCCUUCCCCGAUAAGAAGCAGAUGGCAGAGCACCUUAAGUUCCUGGAGGAGGCUGAGAAGCGUAACCACCUGAGAAUCGCCAAGGACCAAGAGCUUUUCUUUUUCGAUGAUGUCUCGCCUGGAUGCCCGUUCCUGCUCCCCAACGGUGUCAGAAUCUUCAACGCUCUCCAGUCUCUCCUGCGUUCCGAAUACCGCAAGCGAGGAUACCAGGAAGUCCAGACGCCCAACAUGUACGAUGUUGGUAUUUGGAAGACCUCCGGUCACUGGGCCCAUUACAAGGAUGACAUGUUCAAGCUCGAUGUUGAGAAGAGGGAAUGGGCUCUGAAGCCUAUGAACUGCCCCGGUCAUUUCGUGCUCUUCGGCCACCGCGAGCGAAGCUACAGAGAGCUUCCACUGCGAAUUGCGGACUUUGGUGUCUUGCACCGAAACGAAGCGUCUGGUGCACUCCACGGUCUUACCCGUGUUCGCAAGUUCCAGCAAGAUGAUACCCACAUUUUCUGUACCCAGGAUCAGAUCAUGUCUGAAAUCGAAGGGCUCUUCGACUUCCUCCAGUCCAUCUACGGACUGUUUGGCUUUACCUUCAAGCUGAAGCUCUCUACCCGUCCCGAGAAGUACCUCGGUGAGCUUGAGACGUGGAACUACGCCGAAGACCAGCUGAAGAAGGCUAUGACCAAGUUCAAGGGCGACGACUGGAUCAUUGACGAGGGUGAUGGUGCUUUCUACGGUCCCAAGAUCGACAUUACAAUUGCCGAUGCGCUCAAGCGAGAGUUCCAGUGUGCCACCAUUCAGCUUGACUACCAGGCGCCCAUCAACUUCAAGCUCGAGUACAUGACUGGCGAGAAGGUCCAGACCACCCAGGAGGAGGCAAAGAAGGAGGCCGACCCCAAGUCUAACGAGCCCGCCGCCGGCCGUGCCCGUCCCGUGGUCAUUCACCGUGCGAUCAUUGGCAGCUUCGAGCGAUUUUUGGGUAUCAUCACCGAGCACUUUGGCGGCAAGUGGCCGUUCUGGAUCAGCCCUCGCCAGGUUCUGAUCGUCCCUGUUAUGCCGGCUGUGUACGACUAUGCUCGUGAGGUCCAGCAGAUCCUGCAGGACGACAAGCUCUACGUAGACGUCGAUGUCACUGGAAACACGCUGCAAAAGAAGAUCCGCACGGGUCAAUUGGCGCAGUACAACUUCAUCCUCGUUGUCGGUGCCGAAGAGAAGGAGACUCGUUCCCUCAACAUCCGCAACCGCGAUGACACAUCUUCUCAAAGCAGAGGUGUCGUUGUUCCUCUCGAGGAAGCCCGGCAAAAGUUCAAAGCCUUGCGCAAGGAACGCAGAAUUGUCAACUCUCUCUAG